UUAAGGCAUUCCAGUGUAUACAGCCGACAGUGUUGGACGCGCUUACCUCACUUUAAAGUACAUAUAUAACUACGCGUAUUACGCCCACAAUUAAACAAAAUGUUUGACUUCAAUUUGGAAUUUGCUCGCGGUGGUGCCAAUUUCACUACCGAACUUUUCCAACUGUUGGCCGCAGGUGGCCUGCAGCAAAACAUUGUUUUCUCGCCGUUUUCCAUACAGGCAUGCAUAGCGCUGGCGUUUGCGGGCGCACAAGGCGAGACGGCUGAGGAGAUUGCCAAGGCUCUACGCUUUGCCUCGGACUUUCCACCAGAGGUAGCAGAGACUUUCCAGUUUGUUCUGGACAAGUACCAGAACAGCGAGCUGCUUAAGGUGGCCAACAAGCUGUAUGUGCAGGAGGGCAAGCAGCUAAAGGCCGACUAUGAGUCAUCCAUCAAGGAGCAAUAUCACUCGGAGGCAGAGACCAUCAACUUUGGAAAUAACAUGGACGCUGCAGCAAAAAUCAAUAGCUGGGUUAAUGCCAAGACGGCGGGCAAGAUUACGGAACUUGUGUCAGCAGAUAGCUUGGAUGCCAACACCCGACUGGUGCUGCUUAAUGCGAUGCACUUCAAAGGCAGUUGGGCGCACAAAUUUGACGAAGCCAGCACCGAGGAGGAUGACUUCUGGGUGGGCGAAGAGCAGAGCGUUAAGGUGCAGUACAUGAAUCAGAAGGCCAAGUUUGGAUACGGUUGGUUCGAGGAUCUCAACUGCACUGCCUUGGACAUGCCAUACCAGGAUUCAGAUCUGUCUAUGCUGGUGUUGUUGCCGCAGGAGCGUGAGGGUCUUAAGGAUUUGGCGGAGAAGCUCAAGACGGUUAACUUGGUUGAUUUAGCUGGCAAACUGGAAGUGGAGGAGGUGCAAGUAAAGUUCCCCAAAUUCAAGGUGGACUACUCAAUCGAAUUGGCGGACAAAUUGAAGCAGCUGGGCAUCACAAAAAUGUUCGAUGAAGGUGCGGAAUUCAAUAAUCUACUGGAAUCACCCGAGGGUAUUUUCGUCUCAAAGGUGUUGCACAAGGCCACUAUUGAGGUGAACGAGGAGGGCACGGAGGCAGCCGCUGCUACUGGGAUGAUUAUGAUGACUCGCAUGAUGAUGCUGCCAACACAAUUCCAAGCGGAUCGUCCAUUCUUGUAUUGCAUUUGGAACAAGCGCAAUAUUAUGUUUGCUGGCGCUUUUGUCAACGCACCAGCUGCUUAAAGUCUUAUAAUGCUCAUUAAUUUAUUAUUCUGAUUUGUAAUAAAAAAAAUUUCUGAUAAAAGUAA